CGUUCAAAGUAAAUAAUAGAAGUCGCUAGAGCUGUGUUGGUCACUUUCGUUUGCUUUGAGUGAAAAAGAACUCCUCCCAUUGGCUAGCAUGGCUCAGAUUCCAGCCGCUCCUUUGGAGGCGGGGGACCCCUUUGUUUGUCGUGGCUCCCAUGUUAGCCUGUUAUUAUCCGUCUGUGUCGCUGCAUGACCAUGCCGCAACCAUUGUUGCCUUGGAACUACAACGCCACGAGAACCCCAGGCCCGAGUCUCGCUGCCGCGUCCCCAAACACACCGGCAAUGGCCAGGAAGCCCAAAGGCUCUAGGAAACGGGGGAGUCGUGGCCGCCAGGCUCCGUCGGCCAAGCGCAAGGCGUCAUCCUCGAAAAAGAAGACACAGCACCCGGCAGCAAUACCCGGCCCACCGAAUACUCCCCUACCAGAUGCCAGACCCGGCACGGCCGACAGCGUCGAAGUCAUGAUCACAGAGGGAUCCUCUUCCCAACCCAAUGCCGCCCCACCACUCGACGCCGCUGCGCCCGGUACAGUCGAUAUCAACGAGGACGUUGUAACGGAACGUUCCUCUCCCCUAUCUGAUGCCGCCGUACUACCUGAUGCCGCUGUACCCGGCACAGCCGAUAGCAACGAGGACAUCAUCACGGAGGGAUCCUCUUCCCACCCUGAUGCCGCCGUACCGCCUGAUGCUGCUGCCACACUUGAUACUGCUGCGCCGCCUAAUACCGCUGUGCCCGGCACGGCCGACAACGAUGAGGACAUGAUCACGGAGAGACCCUCUUCCCGACCUGAUGCCGCUGCACCACCUGACGCCGCCGUACCCAGCGAGGCCAACGACAACGACAACGACAACGGCCCAAUCCUCCUGGAUAAACAGGAAUACAAUGAGUUCUGUGGGGGCAAAGGACCCGUCCUCCGCCUUAACAAGGAGCAGGACAAAAAAACGGCCCGGAUUGGCCUCAACUCAUGGAACGAUGGCGUACUCACCGGCUUUAGCAACCCUUGGAACCAUGAUGCUGUCGGCACGUGCUUCGACAAGUUGCGUAACCGCAUUCUCGCCCUUGCCAAGUCCAUGGCCGAGGCUGUAGAAUGGGUGACGCUCGACGUCGAAACUCAAGACAUGCUCAAGGCCUGGGCGCCAAAGGCCAAGGGGUACCUGGAGACUUCAGGGGGGGCAGAAAGUAGGUCAAAUUCCCGGAAUUGUUCUUUCGGAGGCGGCGGCUGACGAACGAACCUGCUCCAGUUAUCUUUCAGGGGUGGCUGUGGCGGAUCGUCGUUGACGACAUCGUCGAUGGACCAGGCGACCAACCACACUGGAAGUCGUAUCGGGAGCUCCUACGCGUGAUACAGUGUGAGUACAA